AUGUCAGAGGCUGCUCGCUGGAAAGCCACGGUGUUUGUGGGCGGUCUGUCAUCUGUCGUGACCACAACUCACUUACUCGAUGCUUUUAUUCCAUUUGGAGAAAUCGUUGAGGUGCAGCUUCCCAAGCCCGACUCACGAAAGUCUACGGAUGCUCACCGUGGCUUUGCAUACGUUGAAUACGAGGACCCAGAAGAUGCCAAAGAAGCCAUCGAUAAUAUGGACCAGUCAGAGUUCUUUGGCAAAAUCUUAAAAGUAUCCCAUGCAAAAGCCCCCAAGAGCGCGGAUGAAGGCCUAGGCAGCAGGAAAGCCGUCUGGGAACAGGAAGGUUGGUUGGCGGAGCAUGCCGCGGAAGAACAGACUGGAGCUUUGGGAGGUGAUGAACUAGCUGCCAAUAGUUCCGCAGCCGAUCCUAUGCAAGGUUUGGAAGGGUUGGAUGUAGCUGGGCCGAAACCAGUGUGA